UUUUUUGUAUUCGCGGAUGGUGUGGUCGUGUUUUGGGGGAUUAAUCACAUCGAGGUAACUAGCAUACAGUUACUCAACAUUAAAUUUCGCAGUCAAAUUUUGGGUAUUCUAUCCGAAUAUACCGAAUUACCAUAUGCAGCCUCAUUGGUGCUAGAAGAAACCGAUACAUUAUCUUUUCGCAUGGUCAAGGAAGGUGAAACACGAAUGAAGGGUGAACAACUGCUGCUGAACUUUACGGAUUAUCUAGAUGGUCAUUUUUCCUCUCUGGCAACCUUAGAGCGUUUCGCUUUCUCUCAUGGAAUGGCCGCUUCUGGUAAGCAUUCGAUCAACUUGAACACAAAUCUGAUUGAUUCCGAUUUUUACUGGGAGAAACAGGACUUGGAGCCAAUGCUGAAUGCACAGCUGGAUUACUGUAGUGAAAUACUGAAGGUGGUGAAUGAUAUGCAAACGCACAACCUUGUAAGUUUUUUAUUUUUUUUGCUUUUUUAAGA